CUGUGACACACAAAGCUCUAGCGUUUCCGGCCAGCUCAGCGCAUCAGCCCUGUGGUGUUGUCAGUUUACAGCCUGUCAUACACUGGUACCAGCUACCUGUAAUACUUAGUGGGCAGCGGAGAAACACCCGGACAUUGCGGAGAGAUGGUGCUGCUGACGAUGAUCGCUCGGCUGGCUGACGGACUGCCGUUAGCCGCCUCAAUGCAGGAGGACGAGCAGGGAAGUGAAAAGUUGGGUCGGGACCUUCAGCAGUAUCAGAGUCAAGCUAAGCAGCUCUUCAGGAAACUCAAUGAUCAGAGUCCCACACGCUGCACUUUAGAGGCUGGCUCCAUGGCAUUUCACUAUUGUAUAGAGAAAGGAGUGUGCUACCUUGUGCUGUGUGAGGCCAGCUUUCCUAAGAAGCUGGCCUUUGCUUACCUAGAGGACCUGCAGGCAGAGUUUCAUGAGCAGCAUGGAAAGAAGGUCCCCACAGUUUCCCGUCCUUACUCCUUCAUUGAAUUUGACACCUACAUCCAAAAAACCAAGAAGUCGUACAUUGACAGCCGAGCGAGAAGGAAUCUGGGCAGCAUCAACACAGAGCUCCAGGACGUACAGAGGAUCAUGGUGGCGAACAUAGAGGAGGUGCUGCAGAGAGGAGAGGCUCUCUCUGCGCUGGACUCCAAGGCCAGCAACUUGUCCAGCCUGUCAAAGAAGUACAGGAGCGACGCCAAGUAUCUGAAUACCCGCUCCACCUAUGCCAAGCUGGCAGCUGGCGGUGUCUUUUUCAUCAUGCUCAUUGUCUAUGUACGCUUCUGGUGGCUCUGAGAGAGAAAAGAGAAGGAGAGGAAGGAGGUGUUGAAGUGUAAAAUGAGCUGCACAGAGUCUGCAGACACUAAGAAAAGCUGUCACUUCGACUAAAAACAGGAUCCCUGCUCUUAAUAAGACUUUGCAGACAUACCACCGCCCAUUUUGUUCUCGCCUGUCCAUGGAUGUGUGAUCUGAAUAUAAAUGAUGUCAUAAUACAUAGUUUUAUUAUUAACAGUUAUACAGUAAUGCACUAGUAGUUGCUCUGGAGAUAGGCUAAUAGGAAAUGAGUGACUGAAUGUGUGUGUGUGGGCUGAUUGCUUUGUUUUUGAAGGCGAUUAGUGAUUGAAGUAUGGAGAAAAAAUGAAGAGAAAAAAAGAAAUUUCCUGUUUUGUGAGGUUUCCAAAGCUGUACUGUACUGUAACAGGACUGAUUUAAUCUUGUAUAAUGUCUAAAAAUACAGAAAAGAGCAAAAAACAACAAAAAAAACAUAACUUUAUUUAUCCUGAGCACAUCAUAUGGGUAUUGGCGUUCAUUAACAUUAUAAUCAUAGUAGUGAUGGCUUGACGGGCCUGAACAUACAGUAUGUACCACAGUUAGAAAAACUUGGAAAACAUGGCAUUAAUUCUAAGGCAGUUGAAUAGGCUGAGCAACAACAUAGGAAAAGCAAUUUAAAUAGACUGUUGUUUUUUUUAAUAUUAUAUGGAAGCCUUGCAGAAUGCUAUUUCACCCGUCUGAUUUAGCAGAUUUUAUUUUGCCAUUAUGGGAUGUCAAUGACCCUAUAAGAUACUGUACAAAAGUUAUUGAGGGGUGGGGUAAAUUAGUCUGACUUUUUUGGGAGAGCAGGGGCGGUCAUUUCAUUUUAUUCAGCCUUCCCUUGUGAGAGAAAAAGGAUCAAAUAGUCACAAAACAUUGGUUUAGUGUGCACAGUGGGUCAUAAAGUUGCCCUUUAUCAUACGCAGAGGACAACAACCCUGUCAGUUUUAUUUUAUAAACAGGACCAAUACGUCAAUUAUGGUAAAACACAGAAUCUGGAUAUUUAUGAAUUACGGACAAUACUGAUUAAAUGUUAUCUCUACCAGCAGUUGUUUCCCCCUUUUACUUUCGUCUCAUAACAAAAAGUUUUUAAGAAGUUAAAUGUGUCCUAUAAAGUUAGCUUAUCUCUUUAUUCUAAAAUAGAGAGUGGCUGGAGUAUUCAUAGGUGAGGGCCCAAAGAAAUUAUAAAUAGCGCUGGGGAGGGCGUUGCUUUUUUAAUAAGUGAAAUAUAAUAUUCAACCCCCUUUCCUUACCCCAAUAAUUUUCGUACAGUGCCUAACCUGACCUUAACAGAGUGUAUCCAUGUUCCCUUUCUGCUCUUGCACCGUGACUGUGUGGACCAGCACCUUUCUGUUUGCAGGCAUUUAAAAAAAAAGAUGUCUGGUUGGGUCCUUUUAUUUUGUAUAAAGUUUACAUGUGUAGUCUCAAUUUAAAAGUGGAUUCAGGCUGAGAGCUACAGGUGUGUUAGGCAGCCGAUGUCUUUUGUCUGCUAUCUAUGAAUAAAAUCAUUUGCACAAAA